CUCUCUCUCUCUGGCUCCUGCACGAACUGUCUUCGGUCUGCGCUGCCCGAUAUCAACAGCGACCACAGGAGCAAACGUAUAUAUAUAUAUAUAUAUAUAUAUGCAUUUACAUACCACUUUAUAUUAAUACCAACACAGAAAAUACCGCAACUUCCCGAUCGCUCUGGUAUCAACAUAGGAGGAGGCUACGUGUCGCCUCGACCAUUAACGAUACUAACUAGUCGUCCACCUGCUGCGGAGCAAAGUUCGGACAGACUGACUGCUGGUCGGAACAUUUGAAGAGAUACUUUGUUGAUUGUUGCAGUGAAAUAAACGUGUUUUGGAGUGAAACGAAGAUAAAUAUCUUUGUCAACAUUGAAGAAGAGAGCUUGUUCAGCGUUACCCAGCCUCUCUUCUUCUCUGGCGGAUGUCUUAGAUCAUGAGUAUCCUGGGACCUCCGAAGAGGCAGGCCAAUGGGGUGGCCAGAUCUGACAGCAAGAUUAGCGCCAAGGCUCUAUAUGAGCAACGGAAGAAAUACUCCAACUCCAAUGUCAUCAUGCACGAGACGUCUCAGUACCACGUGGAGCACCUGUCCACCUUCAUGAUGGACAAGACAGAGUCCAUUGCUACAGUGGACGAUGCCAUUAAGAAGCUGGUGCUGUUGGACUCUAAAGACAAGAUCUGGACCCAGGAGAUGCUGCUUCAGGUCAGCGACAAGGCUGUACGGCUACUGGAUGUUGAUACACAGGAAGAGUUGGAAAACUUCCCUCUGCCUACGAUCCACCACUGCCAGACAGUGUUGAAUCAGACCAGGUAUCCAUCUGUCCUACUGCUGGUGUGUCAAGACACUGAACAGCACAGACCUGACAUACACUUCUUCCACUGUGACGAGGUGGAGGCAGAGAUGGUCCAUGCAGACAUCGACAGCGCUCUGGGGGACAGCAAACAUGGGAAGAAGAUACGACCACAGACCUUGAAGGUGAACCAGGAGAGGAUGAAGCACCACAGAGAGUCCAUCAUCCCCCCCUCCUCGGCCCCCAAGGGAUCGGCCCCCGCAGUCAAGGGCCGUGUGGCUGCCAUGAACAUGCAGGAUGUGGAGAGGCGAGGUUCGGCCCAGCAGGACCCAGAGUCCCAUGAGAAGCUGGCCCAGCGCAUUGAGAAGGACGUGGUGAGUAACACUAUUAUAGUACUAAUAUAAUACUAUUAUUAAUAC